AUGGACUUGGAGGUCAGUGAACCAAUAGACUUUGGUUCUGGAGAUCAUCAACAUCUGGCUCGGAAAACAGCAGAUAAAAGCACCCAGUCUAAAUCUGAUCAGCCCAACACAUCAUCUGCAUCUGGGCCACAAGAAACUCGAAGAGAUGCACCCUUAACGGCUGCUGAGAAACUGAAUGCCUAUGUGGUACAAAUUACAGAUGACAGCACCCCAGAUGAAAGCCGUACUAAUUCAUCCUCUCCAUUCUCAGAUGCAUCUGUCCGCAGAGAUUUCAUUACAAAAGUGUUCCUCAUCCUGUCGGUUCAGUUGUUGGUCACUGCAGCAAUAAUUAGCAUGUUUGUUUUUUGGCAGGUCCGUGGUGACUUCCCUGUUGGGAGGAAUGCCUUCCUCCCGAGGCUGGAGAAGACUGGCUGUCUGCUGCCCACGGUGGAGCAUUUCCUCAACUGCCAGGACAUCGAGGAGCCUUUCUCAGCUGCGGUGGAAACCCUGCUUAUUGCCGGGGCCAGCAUGUGCACUGUCCCAGAUCCUGCACUGACGGAGCGCGGACCCCACUCAGGAGGGGCAGGGGCUUCAGCCAGACAGAGCGACACCAGGAGUCCCGAAGCAGAGGCCGUGUGGGAUUUUACCUUGCUAAAUGGAAUGCUGUUCGUUUUGGCCUUCGUGCUUUUAGUCUAUGGAAUUAUCUUAAUCUUCAUACGAGCAUAUAGGGCGAAGAAAAGAAGGGACAACGGUCGUGCCAAAAAGGGCCGUGGCCACAUGUAGCCUAUUCGCUGCACGAACUGCCGAUGCGUGCCUACGGACAAAGCUGUAAACAAGUUCGUCAUUCGGAACUUAGUGGAGGCCGUAGCUGUCAGGGACUUUUCUGAAGCGAGUGUCUUCGACGCCUAUGUGCUUCCCAAGCUGUAUGUGAAGCUACAUUACUGUGUGAGUUGUGCCGUUCACAGCGAAGUCGUCAGGAAUUGUUCUUGGGAAUCCCGCAAGGACUGAACACCCCCACCCUGAUUUAGACCUGCGGGUGCUGCCCCAAGACCUCCACCAAAGCCCACAAUGUGGUAUGUGCAUCGACAAGCCCUUGUGAUAGGCCUGGAGUUACAGGGGUACCUGGUGAUGGAUGUGCAGCUCAUGAUGGGAGGGCGCCAUCGUUACUCCCUGGACCCUGAAGAGUAUGUUUUUGCUGCCCUGAACAUCUACUUGGACAUCAUCAACCUCUUCCUCUUUAUUUUGCAGCUGAUGGGACUGUGGCGGUAA